AUGAAAAGUACCUUCGGCCUUGCAUUGAGCACACAGCUGCUUCUAACUCAAGCUGCACCACUCGCUGCCAACUAUUUCGGUAGACCUGCGCAGAAUGCAACAUUCGACUAUGUUGUCAUCGGUGGUGGUACAGGAGGUCUAGCGACCGCAUGGCGUCUUGCCGAAGCGAAUCAUUCGGUAGCGGUCAUUGAAGCAGGCGGCUUUUACGAACAGGAGAAUGGCAAUGUCUCUGUCGUGCCGGCAUAUAACCAAGACUACAACUACAUCACACCGGACUCGCAGUGGGAUGCACCUUUGGUGGAUUGGGGUUUCUUGACUACACCACAAGCAGGUGCUCAAGGACAGAGAUUCCACUACGGUAGAGGAAAGAUGCUCGGUGGCUGUUCUGCUGAAAAUGCUAUGAACUACAACCGUCCUACAAUUGGCGCUCUUCAAGCAUGGGCCGACCUUGUCAACGACUCAAGCUAUACCUGGGAUAGCUUUUUACCAUACUUCCAGGAGACAAUCAAGUACACCAACCCCAACAUACAGAUCCGCGCAUCAAACGCCUCUGUGCCCUUGAUUACCAAUGAGACGGGUACAGGUCCUCUGCAAGUCUCUUUCCCGCAUUGGGCAACUCCAAUCGCAUCUUGGGCAAAGGCGGCUCUUGCAGAGAUCGGUGUUGGAGAUCUGCGCAGUCUGAUCAAUGGCAGACUGAUGGGAGCUCAAUAUAGUCCUCUUACGCUCAAUCCUAAAGACCAGACCCGAAGCUCUUCCCAGGCUUCCUUCUUGAACGCAGCGUUGAGCAACAAUUCAUCGAGAUUGGAGGUCUAUACCCACACCCUAGCCAAGCAGAUCUUGUUCUCUGACAACAAGACGGCUACUGGGGUGCGAGUACAGAGUGGUCCAUCUCCUGAAUCUUACAUACUCAGCGCCAGCAAAGAAGUAAUUCUGUCCGCGGGAGCCUUCCAAUCACCUCAGCUUCUGAUGGUAUCAGGCAUCGGCCCAGCUGAUGAGUUGCGCAAGUUCAACAUCUCAGUGAUAGCAGAUCGACAAGGUGUAGGACGAAACAUGUGGGACCAUGUUGUGCUCAGUGUAGGACGACAAGUCGAUGUCGAGACCCCCAACCAUACUGGUAUCUUGACUAACGACCAAUCCGACUUCCUGGGCUGGGAGAGAUUGCCAAACUCAUCGAGAUCCGCAUUCUCGGAGUCAACUUUGAAGGACCUCUCCAUGUUCCCAUCAGAUUGGCCGGAGGUCGAAUAUGAAAUCUCCUCCGCUCCUUUCGGUACAACACUAUUUUCUACUCCCGACAACCCAAUCAACGUAGGAUACAUUCAGCCAGUGCUUCUCACACCUCUGUCACGCGGAAACAUCACGUUGGCAAGUGCAGACAUGUCUGAUGCUCCAUUGAUCAACCCAAACUGGCUCACCCACCCGACCGAUCAACAGGUCGCUGUUGCAGCAUUCAAACGUGCAAGACAGUUCUUCAACACGACAGCCAUCGAACCCAUCCUCAUCGGCGAAGAACUGCUACCUGGUCCCCAAGACUUGCCUUUCAACUCCACUGAUGCAGAAAUCCUUAGUUAUCUGCAGGCAAACAUUGGAUUCAAUUGGCAUGCUAGUUGCACGUGUAGAAUGGGGUUGAGAAAUGAUUCUAUGGCUGUUGCCGACUCGCAGGCAAAGGUCAUUGGUGUUGAGAAUUUGAGGAUUGUCGAUGCGAGUGCUUUCCCCUUCUUGCCGCCUGGUCAUCCCCAGGCUACUAUUUAUGCGCUGGCGGAGAAGAUUGCUACUGGGAUCUUGGCGGGUAGAUGA